UUUACGAUUGUUUGCUACUUAUCUUCUUUUUUUAAUCACGAUGUAGAGUUGAUGUGCAUCUUUUUCAAUCGUAAAUUUGUCGUCAACUAGCUGGCGCUUGACGAAAAACUCUACAUUGAAACAAUCUUUACAUUCGAAACAACCAGUUAGGAAAAGAAACGACGGUUAAAAAUUAAGAAGAAAGAGUUUAUUUGCACAAAUCUAAAAUUUUUGUCUCCAACCCCUUCCUUGGGUUAGUAUAGGGAUCCCCGGUCGACCGCUUUAUACAUAGGGGGAAGUUGUCUACUACCGGACACUUAAGGUUUUUAAGCAAUAACUAAAAAAAUAGAUUUUUGUAAAUAUUGGUUCCUCUACUGAUUUGUAGAGCAUCAAUAUUAUGAUCACUUAACUAUAUUAGAAAAAAAAAUUUAUAACAUAUCCAGGUGGUAAGAGAAAUCAUUUCAUGUUAGUUUUCAGUUUUUAGUUAGUUCUGAAAAAAGUAUAUUUUGGAUAAAAUCGAAUCUCGUGUGUUGCAACAUAAAUUACACACACAUCAUUGAAGAUGCCUUACUAAUAGUACCAUGAACUUUUUUAAAAAUUUUGGAUGGAACUUUACUUGCGACCGGUUGAUUUAAGGGACUCUUUGGCAAUCCUUUGUACGAAAAAAAAAAAAAAUUUCGCUGCGUGUUGUCUAAUGUUUUUAGGUAUUUAUAAUUAACGUUGCUUUUUUUUCGAUUAUUUUAGAUUACCCGAUGCAAGAAAGCGAGUUACAACAAAUGUUGAGAAGAAGACUGUCUGAAAAAGGCAUAAAUUUAAGCACAUCAGGAUUGGCAUACAUCUCACCUUGCCAAUCAAACAAUUCGUCAGAGCAUUUAUCCAGAGAUCCUUUACUUGUUUCUCAACAGUCUUUGUCAAACAUGGUGGAGAUACCUGCUGAAGCUGUGUUUGAAAUAAGUUUCACGCAAGAAGCUCAGGUUUUGGACAAAGGAUCAGAAAUCAUAUAUGAAAAUACCGAAUGGUUAAAAGAAGAAAGCACGACAACACCCGUUACACCUCCCGUCAUGGCUUUGAGGGAUGAUGUAGCUUGUACCAGUACCAGCCAGCCAGCACCAACACCAGUCAGUAACAGGUCGUAUAAUGACGUUGCAUCCACCAGCUUCAUUCAAAACAGCAUCCCAGAAGAGAUCGAUUGGAAAGCCAAAUAUAAAAUACUGCAGGACAGAUUUUCAAAGCAAAAGACCAGGCUUACGAAACUUAAAAAAAAAUUGGCGAGGCUUGAAAAAGAAAAGGCAGAAAGUGAUGAAUAUUCACUUAGCACGUCCAAAGAACUUCGAAAUUUGAAGGAACUGCGAAACAUCUCUCAGGUGCAGUUCACCGAACACGACAGUUUCCAAAUUUCCUCUUCGGAAAUCGAAGAAUACAACCAGCGGGCGGCGACAGAUAGCAUUUUCGCUAGCUACAUUGCGAUUCAUCUGUUAAGCGCAGAACGUUUGAAGAAAAUGAGCGUGUCGGGCCUUCCAUCGCAUCGAUUUCUAAAUGUUAAAAACGCAGACGGAUCAUUGAAAUAUCCUGCAAGCGAGAAAAUUGAGCCCAAAUUAUUGGAGUUCAUUUGCGAUAAAGUAGCAGAAAGAACAGCUCUCCGUGUGGGCUCUCAUAAUGUCCUGCAAAUAAGGAAAUCUUCUCAAAUAACCAAAAUAAAAAAAUACAUUGCGAACAAAAUUUCGAACCUCCGUAGGGCUCGACGACCAUGAGAUGGAAAGUGAUUUGCAAUAUAAAUGUAUUUUAACGAAGAUUUGACAUUGUUGUUGUUUAUGACUUUUAAAGUUACAU